AUGUCUAGCGGCUUCGUGUCUGGCGGUACGACUGACAAGCCGACCGAGCGCGACGAAGAAUGGCGCGUGGCGCAGGCAGAGCUCGAGGCGAAGCGGCUCGAGAAGGAAGACCGCGACAAGCAGCAUGACGGCAAGUCGCUGUACGAGGUGCUCCAGGCGAACAAAGCCGCCAAACAAGAUGCCUUUGAAGAAGCCACGCGAUUAAAGAACCAGUAUCGCGCUCUCGAUGACGACGAAGCCGAAUUCCUCGACUCGGUGCUAGAAGCUACGCGGAAGAAGGAGGCGGAGGUGCAGAAGGAUACACUAGAGCAGCUGGAUGCGUUUCGCAAGCAGCGGGAGGAGGCGGAGAGGAAGGCGCUGGAAGCGGAGGAGCCCGAGGGCGUGGUGGAGGAGGAGGCGCAUUGGGUCGCGCAUGGGAGGAAGAGGAAGAAGGGGCCUGAGCUGCUGAAGGGCGUGAAGUUGAGGAAGACGAGCUCCGCGACGGAGGAGAAGAAAGAUGUGGGGGGGAAGAGCAAUGCCGGAGACACGAAGAAGGCUCCUCUACCGGGAGCACCCGCGUCGACGGCGGCUGCAACGAAAUCGCCAUCUGCUUCGUCCGCGCCGAAGCCAUCCAUACCGGUGUCACUAAGUCUGGGAUACGCAUCUUCAGACGAAGACGAUUAA